AGCACUUAAUCUAUUGAUCCAAAAGAAUUAAAAGCUGCAAUGACUUCUUUAGGAUUUGAAGCAAAAAAUCAAACCAUUUACUAAAUGAUUAGUGAUUUAGAUACAGAUGGAAGCGGUUAAAUUGAUUUUGCAGAAUUUUUGAAAUUGAUGACAGCCAGAAUUAGUGAAAGAGAUUCAAGAGCUGAUAUCUAAGUAUUUUAUAUAUUAAAUCAUAAUAGAAAGUCUUUAAUUUAUUUGAUUCAGAAAGAGCAGGAGUCAUUACAUUAAAAGACCUUAGAAAAGUAGCUAAAGAAUUGGGAGAAACCAUGGAUGACUCAGAAUUGUAAGAAAUGAUUGAUAGAGCUGACUCAGAUGGAGAUGCUUAAGUAACAUUUGAAGAUUUCUACAAUAUUAUGACAAAAAAGACCUUUGCAUGAAUUCAUUAUCACAUAAAACAUAAAAACAUAU